AUGCCCCAAGGCCAUGGGACAAAGCUGUCCCGCCCCUCCAGAACCAGCAUAAAAGCUGGCCCAGAGCUUCUCUCCCUCACACACUUCUCCUCAAGCCUUCUGCUCCUACUCCUGCCAACAACAGGCACCCUCCACACCACACCCAUGGCCUGCUACAACCGCUGCAGUCCCUGUGGACCCACCCCGCUGGCCAACAGCUGCAACGAGCCCUGUGCCCUGCAAUGCCAGGAUUCCCACGUCAUCAUCAACCCUUCCCCUGUGCUGGUCACCCUGCCAGGACCCAUCAUGACCUCCUUCCCCCAGAACACCGCCGUCGGAUCCACCUCCUCCGCUGCUCUGGGCACUGAGCUCAAUGCCCAGGGACAGCCCAUCUCUGGCGGAUUUGGCUUUGGCCUUGGCUACGGCCUGGGAGGCCUGGGCUGCUAUGGCAGAAGGGGCUAUGGCUCCAUCUGCUAA